AUGAAGAAUUUAUUUUUCCUUGUCGUUUUGUGUUGUGUAGUUGCCACCACUGCUACACUUGUCAGUGCCCAGUCAACAGCUGCCAAAACAUUGAACAAGGCUGUUUAUGAUUUCCUUGCUGAUACAACAACUAGUAUUGGGUUCAAUGCUAUCCAUCAAUCUUACUUUGGUGACAAUAUUCUCCAUGCCCCAACAAGUAAAUGUACAAAUUAUACUACUUGGCCAGCUGCUUCCGACCUUCAAGCUGAUUCUACUAUGGCCAGUAUUCUCGCACGUAAAUAUAUUCUCUUUGGUGCUAACAGUGUUGCGAAUGUUCCAAAAAGAUUUAAUUACACUGCUGUAGGUUCAAAUUAUGGUAAAUGCACUGGUUUCGAAGCUGAUAUUGCUGCCUCUAUUGCUUAUAGAAUUGGUAUGAAUUAUGCAGGUGUUCCUUUCCAAGCUUACUUUACCAAUGAUACCACUGUUUUUGGUAAUCUCAUUACUGAUAUGGGUAAUCUCAGAUUUGAUUUUAUUUUGAGUGGUAUGUCAGUUGAAGGUACAGUAACUCUCCCUUCAGGUCAAACUGUUCCAAGAACUGAUUUGAUUGAUUUUACUUGUCCAUAUAUUAAGGAUGGUAAUGGUGUUGUCAAAGGCAAUCUUGGCUCUGCUAUUUCAUCUUUGAGUGAUCUUAAUCAAAAGACAGUCAAUUUGUGUGUUCAAUCUGGUACUUCAAUGGAAACUCUUGCUAAAAGCAAUUUCCCAAAUGCCAACAUUACCUCUUUUUCUUUGGGUGCUGAUCCAUAUACCAAGACCUUAAAUGCUGAUUUCUGUCAUGCCUACCUUGCUCCUAUUAUUAAUGCUCUCUAUCAAGUCAAGUUAGAUGCCACCAAGCUCAGUUAUGUGGGUGAUGUUGGUGCAACUAGUAAUGUUGCCGUUGGUGUCAGAAAAUCCUCAACUCCUACUGCAGCAAGCAGUAAGAAAUCCAAUGCCUCAGUUGCUGCCCUUCAAUUAAUUGUUGCCCUCCUCUCAUUGAUUUCAUUCAUGUUACUCUAAGCUCAAAUCUAGAAGAAAAUUAAAUUAUUAUUAUUAC